GCCUCCUGACGUCACAUCCGGCCCUUGCAAUUCGGGGUUGCGAAACCCGCACGAUGAAGUGCUUGUUUGUUACUGUCGGGACCACCAGCUUUGACGACCUCAUUGCGUGUGUUUCGGCGCAGGAUAGUCUUCAAAUAAUCAAGAGCCUUGGGUACAGCCGACUUGUCCUACAGAUUGGUAGAGGAACCGUGGUACCUGAACCAUUCAGUACUGAAUCAUUUACUCUGGAUGUUUAUAGGUACAAGGAUUCGUUAAAAGAAGACCUUCAGAAAGCAGAUCUUGUUAUUAGUCACGCAGGUGCGGGAAGCUGUUUGGAGACUCUGGAAAAGGGAAAGCCACUUGUAGUUGUUAUAAAUGAAAAGUUGAUGAACAAUCAUCAGCUGGAACUGGCAAAGCAGCUACACAAAGAGGGGCACCUCUUCUACUGUACCUGCAGUGAGAAGCCAUUGGAGCAUUUUAAGCAGAGGAAUUACUUUAUGCACGCUUCCUGGGCUGUUACAGUCAAUGGACUUAUCAACACUGAAAUGUUUUCCUCCUGGCCAGCCAGAAAAAUUUUCUACAUUUUUGGAUAAAGUUGUUGGAUUACAAAAAUAAACACUAAACUCUCAACACUUUAAAACACCCGCAAAUCCAACCUAUGGGAUGUGAUUAAGUCAAAUUAAAUAUAUAAUACAUACUUGCAGAAUAAAUACCAAUUAAUAAACUAUAUCUAUAGAAUGCAUAGAAAAUUUUAUGGUGUGAACAUUUGCAUUUGGGUCCAAAUCCUAUUUGCAAUUUAGUAAACUUGCUAGAUUGUCCCUAAUCUUCACAUUUUAGUAAAACAUAUGUAGUGGACAUUCACAUGUUUUAUCCUAGAAUCCCAAAUACAUUUGGAAUCAUGAAAAAAAUCAUGAGAUUUGAAAACUUAAGGUGAAGUACUUUGGCAAGAACUAUAAAUGUAGUCAGUUUGAUGUUUCCUAGAAUAAAAAAUGAAACAGUAACACACUUAAAAAUGUUUUUGUUUGAGGGUCAGCAUUUUGAGCUUCAUAAUUCAAGGAACCAAAUUCAAAAAAAAAAAAAGACAAGCAGAAAUGAUAGAUUGUGCUCUGUGAAAUAAAAGCUCAGUAAUUGCCUAAAAAAAGAUUAACUAUGAAGGCAGUUUUUCUAUUGUACUUGGAGAAACUACUUUUAUCCUGAAGAAUAGAGCGGAGUGGAUAUGUUCACUUUUUUCUCUGAAAUAUAAAUAGAAAAUAGCAAAAUAAUCUUGCCCAAUGACAAAGCUUCACUGGUUGGAGAAGAAGAAAUCAAAAAGGACUUCUACUAGUAGGAUUUACCGUUAUUUUUUAAGGACACCCCCCAACAUUGGUAUUGAAACAUUAACAUCAUAGAGAAACUUUAUAUGCUUUUUCAAUUAGUUUUACAAAUAAGAAAUGAUCUGAUGUGAAUAAUGGCUGUAAUAUGUGGUUUUAGAAUUUACAGGAUAACUUGAGAUAAGUACAUUAUGGAAUUCUUUCUAAUUAAAGUAAUUGGUCUCGAGACCUUUAAAAUACACAAGAUUACUCCUAAGUGUCCAUAGUUCUCUGGUGGAAAAGUUUAUCUAUAAAAAUAGAACAUUCGUUAGAAAGACCUGCAUUCCAUUAUAUUAUCCCAAUAUGUUGAAUGUUCCAAACAUUUUACUUGGGAUGCAUUAUAUAAUGUUUGUAGAUUUAUUUUCCUGAUUGUGUUUUACUUAGGCUAAUAUUAAAAUAACAUUCUUACUAAUGGUAGAAGGUGGUGGCUAAGAAGUGCUCUGGGUAGCAGGAGGAAGCCAACUUGGAUUAAAAUUUUGCUGAGAUAAUCUAAAAAGUGAGUAAUCUAUGCAUAGUUGAGAAUUCACAGUGCCAUAAUCAUUGCAUAUUAAUCUAGAUUUCAUUAUUUCAUUUGGUGGCAGGUUAAGCCAAUGGUGUCAAUUGUGUGUAGUAACAUCUCUGACUACACCUUGUGAAAUUUUGUAUCACUUGUGGGGUUCUAAAUCAAAGGAUACUUCAGAACCAUUUUGAGUUGGCAGGGAUCCUCAAGAUUAUGUAGUCCAAUUCCAUUGUGUUUUAGAUGAGGAAAGAAGCCAGAAGUUAUGACUUGCCCAAAAUAACAGCUUUUGGCAGAGGUGCCACUAGAAACAACUCCUUUACUCCCAGUCCUGUGCUCUUUUUACCAUACCAUAAUAUACAUAAACUUAUUGGUUCUUUAUAAUCGUUUGCCUAGUGUUUAGUUACUCUAAUCCCUUCCAAGGAUGGUUUUGUUUAUUUUCAGAAGUUGUUCAAUUCACUUCACUUAACUGCGUUUUGGUGUAUGACGACCCAUUCUCUACCUUACCUAGGGCAUAAAGUCAAACUUAGAAACCUGUGAUUCCUUAGUUGUUUGGAAUCUAGCAAAAUGCUGUGGAUUGAUAUUUAAAUUGAAUGAAUAAAGACUUUAAGACAAGAAAUUGUAGAAUUUUAGAGUUGGGAGAAGAAGAAUAUCUAGCCUGAACCACUCAUUUUAUAGAUGAGGAAACAGGCUAAGAUAAACUGGUUGCCAAUUUUACAUCUAUAUUUAGUCCUUAUGAAAAAAUAAUGGUAAUCAAAAUUCUAUUUAAAAGAUUGGCUCAGUAAAAAUGUUUGGUUUCAUUACAUGACUGAUAACAGCUUCAGGUUCUUGUAAAUCAGUGAGUUAGUGGCAUGCGGUUUAUUUAGCAGUUUUCUAUUAGGAUAAGGAAACAAAAGAGGGUUUAGUAUUUUGGGAAGUUGACAUUGUGGGUAGGUUUAGGGAUGGACAGAUAAUAAGGUAAUAAUAGAAAGUUUAUAGUGGUGAAGUAGGUCAAAAGUGAUGUGAGGUCAUAGGAUGACCUUGGGAGAUGAGCAUUUUGGAUGACAGCGUGCUUAUAAUUUGAGAGGGAAGACAAUAAGCUGGAAGAAAUUGGUGGGAAAAUAGUAUAAACAAUGAACGUGAUGUGGGUCUUGGGAACAUUUAAAAGUCAAAAAGUAUUGUCAAGUAUGAUUUGUAGAUGCCUUAGAGUACUAAUUUGUAUGCUUUUAAAGGCAGAUCAUACAGAGGACAAUAAAUGUUCUGUACCACUUCCUUGAUUGAUAGUUUUAGGAAGAGUUUUCCAAGACUAAAAACAAGUCAUGAGUGACUAGCAGUAAUGUAGAUACUUUUCUUGGCUCUUUAUUCUUUAUGAUGCCGUGUGGGAGAAAGAUGUGGCAGUCUGCUUUCAUAAAGAUUUACAGCCUUGGAAACCCUAUGGGGCAGUUCUACAUUGUCCUAUAGGGUCACUAUGAGUCGGAAUCCACUUGACAGCAGUGGGUUUGGUUGGGGUUUUUAUGGUAUAAGCACCCAAGUAAUCCCUCUAAUUUAUUCAUAAUAUUAAAUUUCCAGAGAUGAUAAAAUACAUAUAGUAUGAGAAAUGAAAUAUCUGGACAGAUUAUUUGAAGUCAAUUUUUGGGAAAAAUUCAAAUGGGUGAUCAUGAUAGCCACGUAAUGAUCAAUUUUCUGCUCUACAACUAGUACCAUUUUCACAAGAUUCAGGGAAUGAAAAAUAACCAACAAUUGCAGUUAACGCUUGUUGAGCACUCACUGGGUAUCAGGUACUAUUCAAAGCAUUUUAUAUGAAUUAAUUUAAUCUCUAUAAAAUAGUUACUGUUGUCCCAUUUUGCAAAUGAGGAAAGUCAACUCAGGACAUCAUCUGAAAAUGGAGUUUUAUGUCACUUAAAGGUCCAAGAGAUGGUCUGGGAGUUGUAACUGCAACACUGAAAUCUAGGAUAUUUUAAUCAUUUAUGGGACAGUAGGACAGAAUAUUUGAAAUAGGACUAUCCCAGAAAUUCAAAUUGUAUGACAGCCACAGGUACAUAACCCAUUUUAGCUUUUACGUUGCUGUUUGAAAGCAAACUGAUUGCUAGUCAUAGAAUCCAUGUGGAGAAACUGCCAGUUGCAAGUUAUUUAUUGGCUCUUGUGUUCUUAAAUAUUUGUGUUCUAGAAUUCUAUUUUUGAUCCUUUUUAUAUAUUGUUUCUUGGUAUUUUCAGUUCCAGAGCUGCUACUACUGAUGACUCCCCUGUCUAUAUCUCUUAACUCCGAUCGAGCUGACUGGUAUUUCCAGUUGCCUGUUGGUCAUGUUGGAGCUCUGGUGGUGCAGUGGUUAAGAGCUGCUAACCAAAAAGUCACCAGUUGGAAUCCACCAGCUGCUUCUUGGAAACCCUAUGGGGCAGUUCUACUCUGCCCUAUAGUGUCGCUAUGAGUUGGAAUCAACUUGACAGCAACAGGUUUUGUUGGUCAUGUCUGUCUGUUUAUUCUGUAAGCACCUCAAACUCAGUGUACCCCAAACCUAAAUCAUAUUUUCCCUUUUCAUCCUUUUGUGAUUCUUACCUCUGUUAAUGGUGUUAUCAUCUAGUGAGUCCUCCAGGCUUUAACUCUUACAUCUCCUACCCCUUAUAUCUGAUUGGUCACCAGGUACCGUCAGGUUUACUUCCUAAAUUUCUCAAGCCCAUUUAUUUAGUCAUUCAUUUAAUCUUCCAACAUAAAUGCAUAAUGAGAAUCUACUUUUGUAUCAGCAGAACUCAGGAUAUGAUUCCUGCCUUGAACGAGCUCUUAACAGUCUAGAUGGGGAGGAACUGUGUCUUACUCGUUCUUGAGUCCUCUGCCUGAAACACAGGCCUUCCAUAAAUGAUGAAUGCACUUUUGUAACUGAUGUAUCUUUUCUGAUGAUCUUGAUUAGGAUGAGGUACUGGUUCUAGGAAUACUGAAAGUCAUUUCAUACUGACUUUAACUUGACUCCACAGUAUCUAGUAUGUCUCUUGUUGAGAAGAGAGAUGGGACUAUCAUAUUGUAUGGUGAAGUUUGUAGGGUCAGCCGUUUACAAGAGUAGUAUUUAAAACAUAACGUUUUCCUAUGCAGUAUCUUAAUGGUAUUGAAGGGGUUUGUGGUAGAAGUUACAUGAUGUUAAAAAUCAAAGUUAUAUAGAAAGCAGCUAUAGUGUUCUCCAGUAAAAGAUAACAUGGAGAAAGGCUUAGGAUAACCACCAAGUGACAACUGAUGUAAUUUGCUGAAUGGUUAAUUCCACACUUGAAUACUCCAGCAUAAUCUUUCUUAUAUUGUAUAGUUCUUUUAAUUCUUUUAGUUCUUUAAGUGACUAGACAAAAAUUGGAAAGAUUAGCUAGCUUCAAACAGAAAUGUAGAAUACAUGCUUCGUGAAUUUGAUGUUAAUUCUUAAAAAUCUUUUGAAGGGCCUUUUUUUUUAACCAUUACAAACCAUCUAUUUUGAUAUUUCACUUCUAGAUCUUUAUUAUAUUUGUUUAUGAUUUCUUUUACCACAUCCUGGCUAGAAUUGUUUAUUUUGAUUGACAUUCUAUAAUAGCUUUGAAGAUGAUUUCAUUUUGAUGGUUGUUGUUGUGCUCUCUAAGGCAGAGGUUCUUAAAAUGCUUUGAGUCAUGGAACCCUUUAGAAUAUUCAAAACUACUAAUGUCUUUCCCUAUUCACAUGUGUAUACAGUUUUGCAAGGAAUGACACAUUUAGGUUUAGUAAUUCCCAGUUUUCAUAACAAAUUACAAACCUUUUUCAAGUUUAAAACAUACCAAACAACACAUUUUUUCAUCAAGUUUAAAUCAUACCAAGCAACACAUUUUUUCAUCAAGUUUAAAACAUACCAAACAACUUAAUACUCCUACUAUUAACUUGGUGUCUAUAGUGUAUAUCUCAUAGCACUGUUUCUAAUUGACAAAAAGGAAUAUUUGUCAUUCAUAGUAAUUAUUUUCAGAUAUACUGUUAGGCUGUUUGGUGGUGACCAGUGAGGCAGUACCAAAAAAAACCAAACCCCUUGCUGUUGAGUCGAUUCUGACUCAGUAGAACUGCCCCAUAGGGUUUCCAGGGAGCAGCUGGUGGGUUGGAACUGCCAGCCUUUUCGUUAGCAGCCGAGCUCUUAACCACUGCGUCAUCAGGGCUCGGUAUUGUAAUUUACUCAUAUACUACUGUCAAGUGUGCUUCCUCAGUAUGUUUUUGCUAAAUUCGGAUAGUCGCUGUUGAAAUGAUGUCUGCUAGAUAAUACAAAGUGAGAGGGCAUACAUCUUUUCCAUUGUUCAUCUCCCCUUUUAUUCAGAAGAACAUACUGGUCAUUUCUCCACAGCCAGUGUGAAGUAGGUGGCUAAUACACUUUCCAAAUUUAGGAGUGAAAAACAUUCCUAGAUCCUUGGCCAGAAUUAGUAGUUUUCUGAAUCUAAUUUUUUCAUUUGUGAAUUAAUAAAAUUAACUUACCUCAUAGAUGAUUUCUAGACAAAACCAAUAGUGUGACAUGUUUGAAAAAAAGUUGAAAUAAUUUUCUGUUGGUUAGAAUUUUUAAGAAGUAGGAAUAGACUUAGAAGUGUUUCCCUAGAAUUCACAAUAUAUUGUCCUAAAUGAUACAGAAAGCAGAAUUUCAUAUUUAAAUUCAUAUUCAAUCUUUAGCUAGGGUUAUAGUUGAAGUUAGAGAGUUAAAAUUUAUUUAGAGGUUUAAAUGAAUAAAUUUUUCCACUGCUUUAAAACAAAGAACAGAACAUUCUGAUCUUUAUUCCCCCUUUCCGUAAUCCUCUGUCUCUAGACUGACCAGACACUGCAAGUAUCUUAAGUCAAAAACAAACAACAAAAGACAACAACUCAGUAUUCCUGUGCCAGUCUGAUACAUAUUUUUAAAAGUACUAUUUCCCUUUUCAUUUUUCUUGCCUAAUCUAUACUCAUACAAAGCUUCAGGUGGAAGUGAGGAGAGAAGGAAAUGAAAUGGUUCUUGGUAGUUUUUAUUCUGCAUUGCAUUUGAACAAGGUCACUGCGCUGGGAUAUCUAUCCCUUUUUUUCUCUUUAUUUUCUCCUUCCCAAAACAUGAGGAAGAGGUUAAACAGGGUUGUGUUGCCAAGUUUUGUUUUAGAACCAUUGUGUUCUCUUCCUUCAUAAAGCCUGCUCUGUGUGAAUGUCCACCAGGAAAAAGAGUGACUGAUGGGUUCUGAUUCUAGGGUGCUGUUAAAAAAAAAAAAACGUUUUAAAAGUUUACUAUUAUAUUUUUCAGUAAUGAAAGACUUUAAAAACAGAUUCCAUAGAGUUGAGGAGUCAUUUCUCUCAAUUGGCCCCAAGUUAUUUGGUACUAGAAAUAAUUGAAAUAAAUGAGUACAGAGUGUUUUAACACGGAUUGCUUUUUCAGCAUGUUGUAUAUACAUGUGUUUGUUUAAAAAUCUGGGGCCGUUUAUUUCAUUUGAUAGGUCAGAUAUAUCAUUCACUUUUAUGCGGGUCAGUCAACCCCUUUUUGUCAGGUUAAUAGGCUAAUCACCCUAAAGCUAUUUUGUACACAUAAUGGUGAUCACAAAUUUGACCAUGUUAAAGGAAGGCAAAUCUGUUACUCACUGUUGAAUCACAGGGAAUCGCAGAUCCUUAGACCUG